AUGAAUAAAUUAACAUUACUUUCUAUUGGUAUAAUUACUGUAACUCUAGCGGGAGUUGCUCUUUUAGCUAUCCCUAAAAAAGACUAGCUCAGAGAAGUUUUUAUCUUAUAAUCGGAACUUUCUCAUGCUGAAUUGAAAGAACAUUAUGAAUAAUGGAAGAGCAAACAUUAAUAGACUAAACAAACUCUAUUAGGAGAUUCUGAAUACUCUGAGACUUAUAGAUUAACUAACUUUAAGGAAAAUCUUUUAAAGAUUAGCGAGCAUAACAAAAAAUUCAUAGAUGGUCACUAUUCUUUUACUAUGAAACUCAAUCAAUUUGCUCAUUUAAGCUCUGAGGAAUUCCAAGAAUUGCACUUAUCUGAUUUAUCCUAUGAAGAAGAAAUUCCUAAAUAAUAUUUAUCAAUGCCUGCUUCUAACUAAGAUUUAAGUACUUAUUCUAAUGUUAAGGAACCUACUAAUUUGAUUAGCAAUAAUACUAUUCCUUUAUGGAAAAAAAUUAUUGAUUUGUAUGUAGAUGCUUUUAAAUAUUUAUUCAGUCAAUCAUCAGAUUCUGAUAGACCCAUGGAAAUCGAUUGGAGAAAUAAAAUGCAUCAACCAUUAGAAUAAGGUGCUUGUGGUUCUUGUUAUACAUUUGCAACUACUAGUGCUAUGCAAGCUGUUUUAGGUAGCAAUAAGCUUCUUUCUACUUAAGAGUUGGUUGAUUGUGAUGAUAGAAAUAAAGGAUGUAAAGGAGGUAUUCCAUAAAAGGUUUAUUCUUAUGCUGCUUAUCUUGGAAUAACUUAUGAAGAAGAAUAUCCUUAUAUUUAACGCCAAAGAACUGGAUGUGGAGUCAACUACAAUGACACAAGCAAAAGAGUAAAAAUAUCCACUUAUUACGAUGUUUAAAGUAAUGCUGAAUCUUUAGAAACUGCCUUGAAAUACGCCCCUGUCACUGCAGCUAUUGAUGCAAAAAGCUUGCAAAUGUAUGGCUCCGGUAUUUAUGAUUUCCCUUGUAGCAUCGAUAGAAACGAUGCUAAUCAUGCUGUAGUCAUUGUUGGCUAUACUUCUGAGUAUUUCUUAAUUAGAAAUUCUUGGGGACCUCACUGGGGAGAAGAAGGCCAUUUUAAAGUUAGAAAGGAGAGUAAUAAUAAAGGUACUUGUGGUUUAUACAACGACAUGAGUUAUCCUUAUAUCAAAAAAUGA